AUGGCUCAUGACUUGAAUCGAAUCUUCGGCCUGGUGCGGACGGGAGUAUUUGGCGUCGUCUCCCUCUUCGCACUCAUCGCCAUCAUCCUCGCGGCCCUCGUCACAAACUUCGCCAGCACUCACUUCUUCUCCCACUUUGGGUUUGCAGCCCUCGGCAUUGCGACGGGUAUCCUGACCAUCUUGACAUUGCCUGUCAUGUGGUUCCUCUCCGUAAAGCGCAAAGGCGCCAUCACCUCCAUGACCGUUUUUGAAAUCGCCUGGACGUGGUUCCUCUGGAUUAUGUGGGUCUCCGUUGGCGGUUCCACGGUGAACACUUUCUGGUUUGUAGGCUGCGAGGAUGCCAGUUCUUUGAUCACUGGGGAUUUGGAGACAGCCUGUCGCUCCACUCAGGGUUUGGCCGCCUUCGGCUUCCUCAACUGGAUUGCCCUCCUCUUCUUCAACAUAUUCCUCCUCACGCUCGCCAUCCGCCAACACAUGCGUGGGCACACUGGUAUCUGGACGUCCUAUGUCACCGAGGUCGACUUCACCGCACCGUCAGUCUCGGGCGCCAGCGGCUUCAGCGGUUACCCCGCGCAGAGCGUCGAGGCGAAGCCAGCCAACUUUGCUCCGCAGUACCCCCCUCCCACCAGCACACCCUCGACGGCAUACUCUGGCCAGCCUGUGGCUCAAAAUCCCUCGUAUCCUCAGGUCUGA